CGUCCCUCCCUUGGGGAUGCCGUCGACUGCAGCCGCCUCGCCUGUGCCUGGCCUGGCUCGCCUCGUGGCGUGGGGGCGAAAAGGGACAGGCGGCGGAGCGCUUACCGGCCGUGGACAGGAGCUGCCCUAAGGGAAGCUGGAAUGGCCAGAGAAAGGUGAAGAAGAAGAAGAAGAAGAAGAGAUGGAAGGCUCUCCGGCCGGCAGCUGCCUCCCGCUGCAGGCAAGAGAGCGCCUGCCUCGCCGGGCGGAGGACAGCCGAGCGACCGGAGUGACAGCAAAGGAAAGGCGGAGAGCAGGAGAAAGAAGCGUCUGCGUUGGCAAGCUCUCCCGGCAGCGCCGAGAGCCAGAGCUGCGGUGCUGCUGCGCCGAUGCUCCGUACGUUCGCAGUAACGGGUAGAGCGGAAGGCUCUGUGGCCAGGGAAGAGCGGCACGGACACGUUCCUGCUCGCUCCGUUGCACCGGAAUUUCGACGGCUGGGUUCGGCCGCUAAAUUGAUGGCGCUACCGGAAGAAAUUUCAGAAAAGCCGCGCUGAGGACGUGGUUGCCCGUCCCUCCCUUGGGGAUGCCGUCGACUGCAGCCGCCUCGCCUGUGCCUGGCCUGGCUCGCCUCGUGGCGUGGGGGCGAAAAGGGACAGGCGGCGGAGCGCUUACCGGCCGUGGACAGGAGCUGCCCUAAGGGAAGCUGGAAUGGCCAGAGAAAGGUGAAGAAGAAGAAGAAGAAGAAGAGAUGGAAGGCUCUCCGGCCGGCAGCUGCCUCCCGCUGCAGGCAAGAGAGCGCCUGCCUCGCCGGGCGGAGGACAGCCGAGCGACCGGAGUGACAGCAAAGGAAAGGCGGAGAGCAGGAGAAAGAAGCGUCUGCGUUGGCAAGCUCUCCCGGCAGCGCCGAGAGCCAGAGCUGCGGUGCUGCUGCGCCGAUGCUCCGUACGUUCGCAGUAACGGGUAGAGCGGAAGGCUCUGUGGCCAGGGAAGAGCGGCACGGACACGUUCCUGCUCGCUCCGUUGCACCGGAAUUUCGACGGCUGGGUUCGGCCGCUAAAUUGAUGGCGCUACCGGAAGAAAUUUCAGAAAAGCCGCGCUGAGGACGUGGUUGCCCGUCCCUCCCUUGGGGAUGCCGUCGACUGCAGCCGCCUCGCCUGUGCCUGGCCUGGCUCGCCUCGUGGCGUGGGGGCGAAAAGGGACAGGCGGCGGAGCGCUUACCGGCCGUGGACAGGAGCUGCCCUAAGGGAAGCUGGAAUGGCCAGAGAAAGGCGGAGGACAGCCGAGCGACCGGAGUGACAGCAAAGGAAAGGCGGAGAGCAGGAGAAAGAAGCGUCUGCGUUGGCAAGCUCUCCCGGCAGCGCCGAGAGCCAGAGCUGCGGUGCUGCUGCGCCGAUGCUCCGUACGUUCGCAGUAACGGGUAGAGCGGAAGGCUCUGUGGCCAGGGAAGAGCGGCACGGACACGUUCCUGCUCGCUCCGUUGCACCGGAAUUUCGACGGCUGGGUUCGGCCGCUAAAUUGAUGGCGCUACCGGAAGAAAUUUCAGAAAAAAAGGGUGGCUUUUUCGUCGAUCUCUUUGUCAGAGUAUCAAAUCAGGCGGCGGUAAAUACGUAGAAGCAACUAGGCGUACUACGGCGUGUACCGGACAGCGUUGGCGUGCCGCUCUGCUAGCAGCGGAGAGCCAGAUGAGGAUGCCCGUGAUAUGAGAAAAGCUCUGUCCAGAGAUAUGGAGACGAAAUCAGUUGUACCUCACCCUGUGACACCGGAAGACAUUGAGUAAGUGUAAGCUGUGAUGCUCAGUGAAAUUACUAAGAGCGUUAAGUUUCCCGUGCCUUUGCUUUCACUCUCCCAUUCUCUUGUCUUGCGGCACGUCGCAUUUUUUGAGGCCGUGGAAGCGACACCGGGAGCGAUGGGUUGUCAGAACCAGGUCCUCCUGCCUGUCGCUGGUUUUGCUUACCUUCGCCGUCUCUGUGUACCAGCCUGCGUCUCUCUCUCUGUUCCUCAAUCCCUGUCCUCUCUUCUCUGUUCUGCUUUGUUUCACUGCGUAUGUCCCGUUCCCUGUCCCACCUUUAUCCUUCCUUCCUUCUUCCUCGCCUUUUUCUUUGUCCUUUUGUCCUGCUCCCCGACCCUGUUUCUCGCUCCAUCUGACCGUCCUUUUCCUGGCACCUUUGUGUCUCUGCUCCUUGCCCCCGUCUUUCUCUCCCCUCUGCCCAGUCCUCGUCUCCCUCUUUUGUCUCUCUGCCCCUCUGUCCUGCUCCCUGCCCCUCUUUUUCUCACCCUGCCCCAGCGUCCCGCUCCCCGGUCCUCUUUCCCUCUGUUGCGCUCUCCUUCUCCCUGCUCCCCAGCCCGCUUCUCUCACGCUCCCGCUUCCUUUUUUUAUUCUCUGUUGCUCUGUCCUGCUCCCCGUGCCGCUGUCCCUCGCCGUACCUCUCGGUCCGGCUCCCUGCCCUUAUUCUCUUUUCCUCCCUCGCCGUGGCGCUGCCCGCCCAGGGUCGUUUCUGCCUCUCUGUCCCGCUCCCCGUCCUGGUUUGUCGGUCGCCGUCCCGCUGCCUCUCUUCCUGCCGCUUCUUCCUCCCUCUCUGUCAGGCUCCCUGUCCCCGUCCUUCACUCGCCGUCCCUUUCCUUGCCUCGUGCUUUCUCGCUCGCCGCCGCCCCCCCCCCCAUCCAGCUGGCUGCCACUUUUCUCCUCUCAGCCAGCGUCCUGCAGCUGGCUCCUCGGUUUUGGCGGCAGCCUGCACAUAGCAGCCCAGCUCUCCAGCAGCCUGACGGACCGACCGUGUGUCUGUUCCACGCCGGACUGGCGAGCGUGGCUCUGGGUAGGACAGCCGAGGUGCCCCAGGGCCGGGCCCCGAGCCCCGGUGCGGAGUCUCUCCCGGGACCGGCUCUGUGUGUGACUGAAUAAACGCUUGCGGUCUC